UCGAACAGGAAAAUAGAUUCCAGACGCUCUCCGUCGAACUCCUAUUUUAAACGCGAUUGCGACAACCAACGGGAAAUAAUUUGCUCUGAUUAAUACAAUUAAUAAAUUAUUAUAAUUUAAUUAUUAACAUAUAAUCCCUAAUGAAAAAAGUCAUGUUUACCCUUGAAGUGCGUGUUCGGAAUCAAAUAUAUCUUUCAACCGCAAAUAAAUUUACUAUGUUUCGCACUUUUAAAGUGCUGGUCGCGAUGAUUUUUGUGAUGAUCGAUGCGCAAUUGCAGAGGAUUUCAUUACAUAAGAUGGAUUCUAUUCGACACACUUUAAAGAAGGUUGCCACUGACAUUCCAAAAGUUCCUAUAAUCGAAGCUAGCAUUAAUCCUAGGGUGUCUUUAUACAAAUAUGUAGAUGGUCCGUAUUAUGGUAAAAUUACUAUUGGAAUUCCCCCGCAGGAAUUUAAAGUAAUGUUUUCUCCUGGUUCCACAAAUCUUUGGGUACCAUCCAAAAAGUGCAACGCUUCUUACUUUAGUCGUUUUUGCUCAACGCAUAACAUAUAUGAUAGUACAGAAUCCAGUACAUAUAUAGAAAAUGGUACUGAGAUUGAGAUUCCGACUGACAGUGGCUUUAUUAAAGGAUUUGUAUCUACUGACGUAGUGAAUAUUGCCGGUUUCAAUGUUCAAAAUCAAACAUUUAUGGAAGCAACAAACGUGCCAGACCUUGCGUUCUUUGAUGCACGUUUUGAUGGUGUUUUGGGCCUGAGUUAUUAUACGAUAUCCGUCGGAGGAAUAACGCCUGUGUUCUACAAUAUAAUACAUCAAGGCCUAGUGUCAAUACCCAUUUUCAGCUUUUAUUUAAAUAAAGAUAUUCCGGAUAAUGUCGGUGGUGAAUUAAUAUUGGGUGGUACCGAUCCCGCUCAUUACAAAGGCGAGUUGACCUAUGUUCCUGUUACUAAGAAAGGAUUCUGGCAAUUUAAUAUGAAUAAGAUCACAAUAUUUAAUUUUACUUUGUGCAAGGAUGACUGUCAAGCCAUCGCUGGUACAGGCACCUCAUCAAUAUUAGGACCAUAUUCGAACAUCUCUAUUAUUAAUGACCUUAUUGGAACUUAUCUCAUUAAUGGAGAGUAUUUCUUAAACUGCAACAAGAUUAACUCUCCUGAGAUGCCAGUAAUCAGUUUCUCUAUAGGUAAUAAAGUGUUCAGUCUUAACAGUCAGGAUUACAUCCAACCGAUAUCACUAAAUCGCAAGAUAUGUAAAAGCAGUUUUGAAUCGAAUCGCGCUAUCGAUAAUUUGUGGACUCUAGGAGAUAUAUUUCUUACCCGUUAUUAUAGCGUGUAUGAUUCUGAGAAAGACCGAGUGGGAUUUGCCCCAGCGAAAUAAAUGUCGAUUGUUAUUUCUUAGAUUUAUAUAAUAAGACAUCGCAUUUAAAUGAUAAUGUCGCGAUUAAUUUAGUUACUUUUUUAUAGUUUGAUAAUAUUUAUUGACUAGUCAUUUUCUAUUUAUAGUUAUGUAAUACAUUAAAAACGGAUUUAUUCGUUUUGGAGAAUUAAAAUGAGGAUAUAUAUGGAAAAUAUUUUCUAUUCAUUUGAUAUAUUUUCUUUUAAGACACGCACUGUAUUGUUCUAUUUCUGAACAAAUAAAUUUAAAAAAAUUUAUUUUCCAUAUACUUUAUAUA